CUCCCUCCUUCCCUUUCUCCAGCUCUCUCUGUCUCUCUGUGUGUCUUCUCUGUCUGUCUUUGUCUCUGCUUCCCUCUCUCCUCUCCCAUCUAAACUUUUUUCUUUACUCAAGAACUAGCUUAAACAAUUUAAAUACUUCGAUACCUCUUUCUUUCAAUAUCUCUUAUCUGUGUAUCCUUUUUUAAAGGAUUUUGAGGUUUGUGUAAAUUUCUACUAUUGAUUUUCAAGUAAGAUUAAAUCCUGUAACUGUUAUGGAAUCUGAUUUUGCCACUAUCAUUAUCUCUUUUUAUACUUCCAAAAUUUCAAUUUCUAAAACUCCACCACAUGGAAGAAAAAUUUUUAUCUAGGUUGCCAUUUUUAAAUUGCUUCAUCUUUUUAAAAAAAUGAAAUUAAGGUGAGGAAACUCCCUCUACAAACACAGCUUCAGAGUUUUUCAACAUGAGAGCCUUAGAGAGCUGGCUAGAGUUCUGGUUGUUAAUUUCCUAUGCCAAUGAAAUCAGUCCUGUUCUAUCCACUAUGCUCUGUUCAUGUUGAAUUGGCAAUAUCUAUCAUAAAUAGAAAGACAAUACCUUCUUCUAUUUAAAAAAAAAAAAGAUGAAGCAAUUGGUCUCUGAUUGUGGAGCAUGAAACAACUGAUUGUGGAAUGAGUGCCAGCUCGGUUGGCCAUUUCCUGUCUACAUGUUGAAUCUUGGACAGAUUGUUUAAUAUUUCUGGGCCUCAGUUUCCUCAUUUGUAACAUGAAGUAGUCAAUCAAGAAAAUCUCUGAAAUCCUUUCCUACUCUUAGUCCAGCCAUCCCAUUUGCCUUUAAUCAGCAGAGCUUUGUAGCCCCAAAAUUGUAAAUGGAAAGAGAAAACAAAGCUACAGAGUAGCAAAACAAAGAUUCUACAUAUCUAAAAAGCCAAAGCCCUUCUCUUUAGUCUUUUUAAAGGAAAUUUAGGUAAAGUUGGUGCUCAAUUAUACAUGCUAUUGCAGGAGAAUGUGUAGUAAAAUACAGUAAAUCCUUCAAAUUUCUGUUCUACUUUUAUAAAUUUUUUUUUUCACUGUUCCCUAUUCCUAGAAUGUUCUUCCUCCCCCUCUCUGCCUCCUGGCUUUACUGGCUUCCUUCAAAUCCCAGCUAAAAUCACUUUCUUCAAAAAGCCUUUACCUAUCCCUGAGCUCUUGGAGUCAAAAAAAUUCAUAUUCCUGAGUUCAAAUUUGACCUCAAACACUUCCUUGCUAUGUGACUCUAGGCAAGUCAUUUAACAUGAUUUGCCUCAUUUCUCAUCCGUAAAAUGAUUGAGAAGGAAAUGACAAAGUACUCUAAUCUCUGCCAAGAAAAGCCCAAAAGGAGUCAAGAAGAGUCCAACAAAAAUGACUAAACAACAACCUAAUAUGAUUAUCUUCGUAUACCCUAUUUCAUCUAUACAAAGAUGUUUGCAUGUUGCCUGCUUAAGUAGAUUGCCAGCUCUUUGAGAAUAUAUAAUGAUUUUUCCUUUCUUUGUAUGUUCAGUAAAAGGGAACUAGUGAAGUCCUCUGACUGUCAUCCCUCCCUUUUUACCACAACAUAUGGUAUGUAUGCAUGAAUGAUUCUUUCUGGAUCAAACCUUUGAUUUCAUUGACCUUGAGAGCAUCCUAAUUAGCACCUACUUUGCAAAUUUUCAUCUUGGAGAGCUGUCUGGAGGCACUGAGAUGAAGUGACUUGCCCAGCAUCUCACAGCCAGUGUAUGUUGGAAGUAGAACUUGACCCCUUGUUGUCCUGAUACCAAGGCCAGUUCUUUAUCCACUAUACUAUGCUGCUUCUGUCCUAACUCUGCUCUCUCAUAUCUCUCCAUUUUGCCUUAAUCAUCUAUAUGUGUACAUAUGCAUAAGAGUAAAUAGGGGAUUAUAUAUGUGUAUAGAAUUAUAAAAUUAUAUAAUAUACAUAUAACCCUAUAAAAUUAUAGGGUUCUGAGAUAGAGGAACUCUUUAAGUAUAAAUGAUCUUCACUUUACAUGAGGAAUUGUCAGAAAGAAUUAGCCUGUAACUAUAAAGGGAUAGAUUAACUUUAUCAUAGAAAUGUGGGAAAUAUAGGCUAUAAAAUGCCACUUUUUUUGAGGGAUAAAUUUAACCUUCUUCAAAGUAUUCAUCCAAGAUACCACUGUGAAUUUUCUGAAUUCAUCAAAGAAUGAAUCUCACUGAUAUAGAAUCAAGUUGAGAGCAUAAACUUUGUCCAUAAACUUGAAAUGUUCACUAUAUGUUCCCUCUUGUCAAAAAACAUCUACCCUUUUAAUUUAUACUUUCAGAAGAAAUCGGUAAAAAUACUCAUUAAAAUCAAGUUACCAUCUUGCAUUGGCAGAAAACUCCCCCACAAAUAAUAUGUUUGAAGAAAGGAUGCUGCUGAAGAAGUGAAAGAAGUCACAGGGAACAGUUAGAAAGGAUUUUUUAAAAAUGUCCUAUUCAGAAUUGCCUGAAAACCAAGAAAAUCUUGUAACAACACAUUUAUCUUCUGAAAAAGAAAAGGAUAAAAGUACUACUGAAUUAGAACAACAAAACCUUGAGGAAAAUCUUGAAGAUGAUGUUGAAAAAGAGAUCCCACCACAGCUAGAAAAUUAUUCUUAUAUUUCAUCAACUCAAAGAACUUCUGAUUUAAAUGAAAACUAUAACCUUCCAGAGACUGAAGGAGAUAUUGACAAAUUACAGGAAGCAGUAGUUGAGGAAUUGCCAAUUGAUAAAUCAGAAGAAGAAAUGGUAGGCGUCCCACCAGAAGAAGUAGCAGGCGUCCCACCAGAAGAAGUAGCAGGCGUCCCACCAGAAGAAGUAGCAAGGCUGGGGAGUGAUUAUUUUGGUGAGGAUAAAAAAGAAGAAAAGGUGGAAGAGGAAAAGGAGGAGGAGGAGGAAAAAGGGGAGGAGGAAAAGGAGGAAAAAGAAAAUGAGGAGGAGCAAGAGGAGGAAGAGUCAGACAAGUUGGAGGAGUUGGAGGAAGAGGAAGAGGAAGAGGAAACAAUAAUAGAGUUUAUUCCACAAAUUUCUGAAGACUGUACUAAAAAAAGCUUACAAUUUGAGAGCUACACAGAAAAUGAAAACUUCAAGGUUAGGCUGAUCUCCAAGAAUUUGCAGAAAAUCCCCAAAGGCCUUUUUAAAACUCAGGAUGUAAAAUAUCUCUAUUUAGAUAAAAACAAAAUAAAAACUUUUGAAGUAGAGUCAAAUAUGGCAAGUCUUGAAGUACUGUCCAUGAAAGAAAAUGAAUUAAUAGCACUUCCACCUGAAAUUAAAUUGCUUUCUAAUCUAUGUGUGUUAAAUGUCUGCCAUAAUCGCAUAGCCUCCCUCCCAAAAGAAAUAUCACAACUUGUUUGGUUGAGGCAACUUUUCUUGGAUAAUAAUAAAUUUUUGGAAUUUCCUACAAUAUUAGGAAGUCUUGAAAAGUUGGAAACAUUAAGCUUGUCUGGAAAUGGCUUAAAACGUCUACCAGAAAUUAUGGCCAAUAUGAAAAAUUUAAUGGUCCUCGAUCUCAACUCAAAUCAAUUUUCAAUAUUUCCUAACAUCGUUUGCUACCUCACAAAGUUGAUUAAACUGAGUGUCUCAAAAAAUCUCAUAAGCAGUUUGCCAAAAGAAAUCAAACAGCUAAAAAAUUUGGAAGAACUUUUCUUGAACCACAAUAAAUUGACAUUUUUACCUGUGCAAAUAUUCCGGUUGCUGAAACUAAAAAGGCUCCAUCUGCUUGACAAUAAAUUGGAAUCUCUUUCCCACAACAUUGAGAAUUUCAAAGAGCUCAAGGUCCUCCAACUUGACAAAAAUUUAUUGAAACAACUAAAUCAGGAAAUUUACUCCUGUGCUAAACUAGAAUGUCUUAGCCUUAGUGACAAUGCCUUAGAAAUAAUUCCUGGUAACAUUCACAGACUCCACAAUCUAAGAGCACUCUACAUCAACCGUAAUAAAAUCAUGGCUAUUAAUGUGAACGUCUCUCAUAUGAAAUAUCUUAAGGUGUUAGAAUUUUCUGGAAAUGCAAUCAAAGGCAUUCCAAUUGAAAUUAAAAAUUGCAAUCAGAUAAGGAAAAUGGACUUGAGCUUUAAUAAAAUACAGGAUUUCCCAGUGGGCCUUUGUGCUCUGAGCUUUCUUGAAUAUUUGAACCUUAAUGGAAAUGACCUUUCAGAAAUACCUCUCGACCUCUCAUUUAGUAGACAACUGAUCCAUUUAGAAUUAAGUCAAAAUGAUCUUUCCUUCUUUUCUGAAUACAUAUGUAGACUUAUUAACCUUGAUUACUUAAAUCUUAGUAAGAACAAAAUAUCUCAAGUUCCACCAUCUAUCUCCAAUAUGACUUCUCUUCGGGUGCUUAUUUUAAAUGGCAAUAAUUUUGAAAAUUUCCCCAAAGAACUGUGCACUUUAGAAAACCUACAGAUACUUGAUCUUUCUGAAAACCAAAUACAGUAUGUCCCUUCUGAAAUCAGGAAUCUACAAGCGAUCCAAAACUUGGACUUCUCAAGCAACAGAUUUGGAUCUUUUCCAAUAGAAUUGUGUCAUCUGCCUACCCUGAAGGACUUGCAGUUAUGCCAAAAGAAUGGAAGUAAGUUAACCCAAGUUCCAGAUGAACUGUCUAAUUUGACUCAGCUUGAAAUCCUUGAUAUUUCACAUAAUACUAUAAAAGAACUUCCAAAGAAUAUCGGAGAAUUAAAAAAUUUGGUCACUUUCAAAGCCAAUAACAACUUGAUAGGUCUUCUUCCAUUAUCUUUUGAAUCUUUAAACAAGCUCCAGCAUCUAAACAUGAGUGGAAAUCGUCUGACGACAUUGCCUAAUAGUCUCAAUAAUCUUUCUUCACUGAGGGAAAUAAAUUUUGAUGAGAAUCCUUUGGUUAAGCCUCCAGCUGAAAUCUGUAAAGGGAAGGUACUAAAUGUCAUCGGACAUUAUCUCCAGAAAGCUGAGGACAGAGACGGAUUAAUACUAAAUUGGAAGAAGCAACUCUUGAAGCACUCAACAUAUGGAGGGUAGAAAAAGAUCCACCUCUACAUCCUGUUGUAUUGCGAGACCAGCUUAUAAGAAUAAUAACUAUUACAGGGAUAGAAGAACUGGUUGAUAAAGUCUCAGCUCUAAAGCUUUGUACCAAGUUAUUCAAAUUCUAAGUAUAUAUAGAAAUAAAAUGAAAGCUUAUGAAA